CGGUGGGAGUCAAAGAGCCGCUCCGGCCCCGGCGCUGGAGGAAGCUCCAUCGCAGCUGCCUCAGGAGUGCCGGGUCGCCGCCGCCAUCUUCGCACCCGGCCGCAGGGGCUCCUGGGAAGGCGGAGUCUUUGGGCAUCAGCCCAGUGUACCGGGACCCGAAGUCCAGAGGCGCCCCGGAAGGGCUAGCAGUCCCAGCAUGCCCCGCGUCCUCUUGGGUCGCCUCAGAACUCGCGUCCCGCGAGGACCACAACUCCCGGCAUUCGCGGGGCGAGGGAGGAGCCGGCCUCCCAGAAUCCUGGGUCCCGGCGUGCUCUUCUGGAGGACUUCAGGUACCGGCGUGCCCCGCGUCCUACAGUCUGCCUGCUCGCGUCCUGGGCGCCGCCUCUGAGUAGGGCGGGCGAAGAGGCAGCCGAGGCGGAGCUGAUGGCUGCGCUGAGGGCGGGGCGGGGUGCAGGCUGGAGCCUCCGGGGAUGGCGGGCUUUGGGGGGAACUCAUUGGGGGAAGGGACCCUUGUUGACCCCUGACCUCCGGACCCUGCUGACGUCAGGAAGUUCUGACCCCCGGGCCCGGGUGACUUAUGGGACCCCCAGUUUCCGGGCCCAGUUGUCUGUGGGGGUCCCUGAACCCCGGGCAUGUCUGACGUCUGGGACCCCGGAUCCCCGGGCACGACUGACUGCGGGAACCCCAGAUCCCCGGACCCGGGAGAUCUCGGGGACCCCCGGAACCUGUCCGCGCGCGUGGCUGGCGGUGGCGCUGGGCGCUGGGGGGGCAGUGCUGUUGUUGUUGUGGGGCGGAGGUCGGGGUCCCCCGGCCGUCCUCGCUGCGGUCCCCGCCCCACCGCCCACCUCUCCCCGGAGCCAGUACAACUUCAUCGCAGACGUGGUGGAGAAGACUGCACCUGCCGUGGUCUAUAUCGAGAUCCUGGAUAGGCACCCUUUCUCGGGCCGUGAAGUCCCUAUCUCAAACGGCUCAGGAUUCGUGGUGGCUGCCGACGGGCUCAUCGUCACCAACGCCCAUGUGGUGGCUGAUCGGCGCAGAGUCCGUGUGAGGCUGCCUAGCGGCGACACAUAUGAGGCCAUGGUCACCGCUGUGGAUCCCGUGGCAGAUAUCGCCACGCUGAGGAUUCAGACCAAGGAGCCUCUCCCCACACUGCCUCUGGGACGCUCAGCAGAUGUCCGGCAAGGGGAGUUUGUUGUUGCCAUGGGAAGUCCCUUUGCACUGCAGAACACGAUCACAUCCGGCAUUGUUAGCUCUGCUCAGCGUCCAGCCAGAGACCUGGGACUCCCCCAAACCAAUGUGGAAUACAUUCAGACUGAUGCAGCUAUUGAUUUCGGAAACUCUGGAGGUCCCCUGGUUAACCUGGAUGGGGAGGUGAUUGGAGUGAACACCAUGAAGGUCACAGCUGGAAUCUCCUUUGCCAUCCCUUCUGAUCGCCUUCGAGAGUUUCUGCGUCGUGGGGAAAAGAAGAAUUCCUGGUUUGGAAUCAGCGAGUCCCAGCGCCGCUACAUUGGGGUGAUGAUGCUGACUCUGACUCCCAGCAUCCUUGCUGAGCUACAGCUUCGAGAACCAAGCUUCCCUGAUGUUCAACAUGGUGUACUCAUCCACAAAGUCAUCCUGGGCUCCCCAGCACACCGGGCUGGUCUACGGCCUGGUGAUGUGAUUUUGGCCAUUGGGGAGCAGCUGGUACAAAAUGCUGAAGAUGUUUACGAAGCUGUUCGAACCCAAUCCCAGCUGGCAGUGCGGAUCCGACGGGGAUCAGAAACACUGACCUUAUAUGUGACCCCUGAGGUCACAGAAUGAAUGGAUUAGCAAGAGUAUGAGGCUCCUGCUCUGAUUUCCUCCUUGCUGUCCUAGCCUUGGCUCUGAGGGCACCUGGACAGAGGAUUAAAUGACCCAGUGGGGGGCAGGUCCCUCCAACCACCAGCACCAAUCCCUGGGCUCUGAAGAAUCACAAAAACACUUUUUAUAUAAAAUAAAAUUAUACCUAGCAACAUGUUAUAGU